AAUUUACAUACACACGUAGGAGGCUGCUGAGUACAGCUAUUUAUUAAGGAUAUCUUUCAAGAUGCCAAGAAAUGUCGGAAAUCCUAACUGGAUGACUCAGUACCAAAAAGGGCAACAGACAAGAGGUCAGGCAUUAUGUGUUGGGUGGAGAGAAGGCAGAUGGGUGCGAGGAGCUAGGGAGGACCGCGAGCCGCCACCACCCCCGAGACGGCCAAGAACCAGGCUCCAAGUCAGAGUGGAUCGUGAAGCCGCGGAGGCUAGGAUGAGAAGUCGAAGCCGUAGCCAAAACCUCGACCCAGGGCCAACCAUCGAACCAUCGACUUUCUCGGACUCCACCACGUCGCCGAUCCGAGGAUCGCAGUGCCGAAAGAGCUCGAGGAUCUCCGACGAACGAUAAUAUUCAGAUGGAUCGUCAAAGCCAUAUCCUUUCUGUUGGAUUGAAGAAGGCCUCAAACGGAGAGUUUGGGCUUCAAGUUAUGGACGGAAUUCGUGGACCUGUCAUCAGUUUCGUCAGUCCGGGAUCCGCCUCUGCUCACAUCUUCCGAGCUGGCGACGUGAUUAUGGCGGUCAACGAUAGACAGGUUACUGAUAUGAAAACGGUGCAAGAUUCCUUUGAAGCCGCUGGGAACGUCGUUUGGAUUGAGUUUUAUCGUCCUGCUGGAAUUACACAAUUGAAUCUCUGAGUUGAUACCCUGAUAACUGAAUAAAUUAUCGACUU